UGCACUGUGUGUGUGUGACAGCCUGGUAUUAAUGCAGCUGACAACGAGACAGUGUGACAGCGACUUGUGUUCCCAUAAUGCCAGUCACACAGCUCUUUAUCAACCAAAGUUAUUUCAGAUGAUGGACGAAGAAGCCACGAAGCGUUACUGCCAGAUGAGUGACAACGGACAGAAGCAGAAACAAGCUGAGCAGGGAAGUAAAGUUGGUCAGGAGGAGAAAGAGAUCACUGUCCUGCCACGGAGGAAGACAGAUGAACUGGACGACACUGCUGGGAUGAAGAUGGCAGUGUCAGGCCCAUCCUCCGGCUGUUCGUCUUGCAUCAGUCUGAAGGACAGAUGUCCUCGGCCACGGGGACUCAUCAACCUGCUCAUCACUAAAGUGUGUCUGUUUGCUCUGCUGUUUGGAGUCAUCUGGUCCAUCACAGGAAGUGAGUGUUUACCUGGAGGGAACCUGUUUGGCAUCAUCAUCCUCUUCAUCUGCUCCGUGCUGGGAGGGAAGCUGGUGGGAAUGAUCCAACUGCCCACCCUGCCCCCCUUCCCUCCACUACUUGGUAUGCUGCUCGCAGGUCUGGUGUUACGUAAUGUUCCCUACAUAACAGACGCUGUCUUCAUCAACACUCACUGGUCUACAGCUCUGAGGAACAUCGCCCUGUCAAUCAUCCUGACCAGAGCUGGGCUUGGCCUCGACCCCUCUGCAUUGAGUCGCCUGAAGGGUGUGUGUGUGCGUGUUGCGGUCGGUCCAUGCGUGGUGGAGGCCUCCAUCGUCACUGUGGUUUCUCACUUCCUGCUGGGUCUGCCCUGGGUCUGGGGCUUCAUACUGGGUUUUGUCCUGGCUGCAGUGUCUCCAGCUGUUGUGGUUCCUUCAAUGUUGCUCCUGCAGAGAGAAGGAUACGGAGUAGAGAAGGGAAUUCCCACCCUACUGAUGGCUGCUGGAAGUUUUGAUGAUAUUCUGGCCAUAACAGGGUUCUCUACCUGCCUGGGAAUCGCCUUCUCUACAGGUUCUACAUGGAUGAACAUACUUAAGGGUCUGCUGGAGGUGGUGGGAGGGGUCAUAGCUGGGCUGAUCCUGGGUCUGUUCUUGUCCUGCUUCCCCAGCAAAGACCAAGAGGACCUGGUGUUAAGGAGGACUCUCUUAUUGUUGGGUCUGUCCAUAUUUUCAGUCUUCUUCAGUCAUGUUAUUGGUUUUGCUGGAGCCGGUGGUCUCUGUACGCUAGUGCUGGCCUUUCUGGCUGCUCUGGGCUGGAAGACCGACAAGGCCCCGGUGGCAGCCAUGGUGGGCCAGUCAUGGGAUGUCUUCCAGCCGCUCCUCUUUGGUCUGAUUGGAGCAGAGAUUACCAUAGCAACCCUCAAUCCGAGCACCGUGGGUCUGGGUCUGGCCUGUAUCAGUAUCGGUCUGGUGAUCCGCCUACUCGUCACCUUCCUGCUGGUUCAUUUUGGAGGAUUCAACCUGAAGGAGAAACUCUUCAUCGCUGUGGCCUGGCUGCCUAAAGCCACCGUACAGGCUGCUAUUGGCUCCAAGGCAUUGGACAUGGCGAGGGAGGAGGGGGAUGAGACCUUAAUAAAGUUUGGUUUGGAUGUGCUAACGUUAGCCGUGUUAGCCAUCCUGAUCACAGCUCCCAUCGGAGCGCUGGGUAUUGGACUAGCAGGACCACGUCUCCUGGCCCGGCAGGUCAAAGGUGGAGUACAGCUGACCAAUCAUAACAUGGAGUGGGUGUGAAUGAAGGAUUGACAAAGCACCAUUGUCAGAGUGCGGGGGCAGCUUGCAGUCUCAACACCUGCUGCCCAUGAGCCCACUUAUCAGUUUGUGGCUCUCACCUGAUUGGCUAAUGCCCCCUGCAUGGUUCCUAGUGUCCCUGUGCUACAUUAAGUUAGAAGCAGAAAUUACAAGAUCUGUCCAGCUCUUUUGAGAUAGAGUCGGGGACCUCCAAAAUGGCCAUCAGAGUGGAGGCUUCUAUAGAGUGUUGCAGGAAUGAGUCCUAAAACCUGGAAAUUAGUUAGCAUUUUAGCACUUCCAGUUCCCUUGUCUUGAAGUCAUUGGCUUUUUUAAAUGGGUUUUUGGUUAGAUACCUGAAAUAAGAUCUGUGGAUAACACAAGCUUAAGAGAUUUUUAUGUUUUGUUCUACGACAUAAAAUACAUCAGUAAAUACCUCACUCUUGCAUUUUGAGGGUUGUAUGUGUCUUAAAAAAGGCAGUUGCUAACAAGGGGCUAAAUGAGACUACAGAGAUUGUCGGGGACAUUAAAUGUCAUCACACUGAACACAAAAACUCAUGUACUCACUAGUCUGCCUUUACAGCCUUUUUGUGUCAAGUUUGUGUGAUGUAUUAUAUAAAUCCAUGGUUUAUACUUGCACUCUUGCAAACUAUUCUAGGUCAUGCUAAGAGGAAAGGCUUUUGUAGAAGAGUUAGCAUGCAAAAUCAAAUUACAAGUUGGAAGCUUAGUGGUGGUGACGCUGGAGUCAUGCGACCACCUGUGUAGUACGUUUUUGCCUAAUGUUAGCCAUUGCAUUUUUGGUGUUCAUUCGUGAAGAUUAUCUUGCUGAACAAAACGUGUAAGUGUCAUAAAUGUUUGUUUGCCACAGAGCAUAUUUUCUGCAAUAAUCCAAAAUCUAAUGGAAAAAUUCCAUUGUUUUUUUGUCGAGGGAACCAGGGUGAUCCUAACUUCCGGGUUGGCCUACAAAAAUAUGUCAUUCCUGCAACACUAUUAGAUUUAGAGAGAUUAUUAGAUCAGUAAUCAUUAAGCAUAUUGUAAUUCUUUUCCAUGUAAUUUCUAUCAUUCUUAUUGUAAUUAUUUUCUGUAAUUCCUUGUCCGACUAAAAUGAAUAUUUCCAACAAUUAAUGUGAUGAACUGCGAUUUAUAACUGUUCUUUCAUAUGUGCCUUUAAUGAAAAGCUCAAUAAAUACUUGUUUAUAAAGUUACAA